UGUAAAGGUAAACGAAGUGAGCACACCGUCGUGUUUGCGCUCGAGUUUGGAAAUGCGGAAUUUCACACUGCUUUCUGUCGGUCUCUAGUUAGUUUUAAAUUCUCGCAUUACUUAUAGCUGGACUUAGACUAUGUGAGGAUAAAAGAAGAGACACUGACGACAGUCUGCCUGAAGUUUACAGAACUGCUUUGAAUACUUGGAUCUGAGGAUGUUCUGCACUGAUCGAGAGGAUGGCGUGGCACUGUAUGAGCUGGACAAUGGAAAUGAUCCUUUACUUCCCUCACAGGGUAACUUAUACCUUCCUCAAUUAUAUGACUAUGUCCUGGUGGCUGAAAAAAAUAAGAAUAUGGAUGACCAAAUCUCCAAGAAGCAGGAUCUCUUUAUCUGUGAACUGAAAAAGAAGAACAUUAAAGUGAUUAUAGAUGAACGUGACGGAAAGGUGUUCUUCGGUGUCUGUGCACCUGAAGAGAUUUUUGCAAAGUACAAGUACUUGCUAAAGGUGUCUGAUGCCUGUAACUGGAGCGGAGAGCAAAAGUGUGACGUGUCUGUCUCAUACUGCACCAGAAUCAGGAUCGUCCACUUUGUCUUGAACAAUACAUUUAUAGGAACAGGAGUGAAAGAGAGCCUUAGAGACCUGCUGUAUCAAGGUGCUUUUGAGUCCAUCUUCUGUCUGCAUGAGAAAAAAGAGCAGGAAAAACUAAAGGAGAAGUGGGCAAGCUGGUUUGCAUUAAUGAAGCCUUUUCAACAGCCUGUCACUGAUAUCAAGGACUAUUUCGGGGAGAAAGUGGCUCUGUAUUACCUGUGGCUGGGCUGGUACACAUGCAUGCUCAUCCCCGCAGCUGUUAUCGGUGUUGUUGUGUUCUUGUACGGCCUUGCCUUCUUCAAUACGAGUCCACUCAUUCAUGAAGUCUGUGACUCCAACAUCAUCAUGUGUCCAAGAUGUGACAGAGGAUGCAGCGUGUGGAACCUGUCUGACACCUGUUCAGAUGCCAAGAUGAGCCAGCUAUUUGACAAUGAAGGGACGGUGGCUUUUGCCAUGUUCAUGGCGAUUUGGGCAACUCUGUUCUUGGAGCUGUGGAAGAGACAACGAGCUCUGUAUGUGUCAAAGUGGAAAGUGUUUGACUGGUGUGAGGAGGAGGAAGAACUGAUUCUGGAGAUUGUAAAUGACCCUCAGUGUGAGCAAAAAGAGUUCAGGCAUUCCUACCUGCGCAGCAUUGUGCUGCUUCUUUUGGUUACAUUAGUGUUGGUGGUGAUUAUAGGUCUGACCCAUUGUCUGGUCAUCUGCCGUGUUUUAACUGCAAUAAUGUUGUCCCAAAGUGAGUGGGACUUUUUCCGGGAUCAUGCCACCACAAUAGCCAUGCUAUCUGGAGCAGUGCUGCACUACAUUACCAUUCAGGUUAUGACUCGGGUCAACAAAAUUGUGGCCUUCAAACUGUGUGAGUUUGAAGAGACGCGCUCUUUUGCAGCCACAGAGAAGCGCUUCACAGUGAAGAUGUUCACAUUUCAAUUCUUCACUCUCUUCUCAUCUCUAUUUUAUGUGGCGUUCUUUCUUGGAAGGUUCAAUGGCUAUCCAGGAAACUAUGUGCGAAUUGCAGGAAAAUGGAGACUAGAAGAGUGUCAUCCAAGUGGCUGCCUUACAGAUCUCUUCAUCCAGAUGGCUGUUAUUCUGGUGCUCAAACAAACAAUCAACAACAUAUUUGAGUUCAUAGUGCCCUGGUUAAAGCUCUGUUUUAGGCGCAGAAAGUGUGGUAACUGUUGCCAGGAGGCAUGUCAAGAGGAGGGGGACAACUCCUCCCAGCUUCGUAGCUUGGUGGAAAACUACGACCUGAACGAUGUUAAUGCUUUCAGCUUGUUCAAUGAGUUUUUGGAAAUUGUUCUUCAGUUCAGUUUCACCACCAUUUUUGUGGCUGCCUUCCCUCUGGCUCCAUUAUUGGCCCUUAUCAAUAACAUUUUUGAGAUCAGACUGGAUGCCAUCAAGAUGGUCAGCCUUGAGCGCCGCCCAGUGCCCAAAAAGACAAAUGACAUCGGUGUGUGGACUAGAAUAUUAGAAGCUGUCGGGGUGAUGGCUGUCAUCGCUAAUGGACUGGUGAUAGGGAUUUCCUCUGACUUCAUUCCCCGUCUGGUGUAUCGUUAUCAUUAUGGACCUUGUGCUACCAACAAUAACACAAGCCUGGACUGUAUGACAGGAUACAUCAACAACACUCUGGCAACAGCAUUCAUGUCCAAUGACAAAGUGAGAGACGACUUCAAGCAGUUGAUAGAGAAUGGAUAUAAUAUUACACAGUGCAGUUACAAAGACUACCGCAGCGAUGAAGACCAGAGUCUCACCCCUCAGUUUUGGCUCAUUCUGGCACUCCGCUUUGCAUUUGUUAUUCUGUUCGAGCAUGUAGUGGUGAUGUGCAAAUUUAUCGCCGCCUGGUUUAUACCUGACAAUCCCAUCAGAGUGAAGAACGACAGGCUAGACGACAAAAUGAGGAGGCUGAAAAAGGAACUCCAUGAAGCAGAUGUGAUCUUUAACACCAGAUGCACUGAGGUGUGAAGGAUGAAGGUUCUAACCAGAUUAUUUAAUAUCAGAGAUCUGAAAACCUGAUGUCCAUGUGUGCAACAAGACUUUAUACAGUCAGAUUUCUGUAUUUGAUUGAGAUCAUUAUCUGACUUGCAUCCAUAUGUGGGAUGUAUCUCUUCACUUUACUAUUUGAAAGCCGUUAUUGUAGCUUUGCUCUCUUUGCAGUUUACAGUUUUCCUUAUGAUGAUUCAUAUUUGCUCUGCUUCAGACGGAUACACCAUACGUUUAUUGGUUGCAUCAUAUAUUAAUUAUGUUUCUGAGCAAAGAAAGAAAAUGUGCCUAUUACCUGUGAAAAUGUACAAUUACUUAGUAUGAAAAGGUCCAACAAGUCUCAAAAGUAUCCAUUAAUUUUGUUGCCAAAAAUGUAUUUUAUAAUGUUUUUUUUGUUAAAGAAGAUUUAGAAGAUUUUUUUUUUUUUUUUUUUUUAACAGGAAAAGUAAGAAAGCUUCAAGUAAAAAAGCUUCAGCCAGUGUUAGGCCUCACUGUUUUGUGUAGAUAAAAAGACCUGAAUGUGACCUAAAGAAAAAAUAUGGAAAAUGAUCCCAGUAUGUGUUAUGCUUUUUACAUUGCUGUCCAUAGCAUUCCUAAACAUCUCUCUCUCUCUUUAAAUAGAAAUAUAUUUUGAUAUUGUAUUUUUGAUAUUUUCCUAUUGAUUGUGUUCCAGGAAUAAAGUAAUGGGGUGAAAGAAAUGUUGAAGUUGAAAUAAAAUUUGAAAAUGGAUUUUUCCUCCAUAAGAUGUCA